AUGAAGGACCUGAUCAGGUUGACUUGCUUCGACGUUAUGCAAGUCUGCCCUGUCCAAAUGCGAGCAAGCAAGGAGAACUCAUAUGUGUACCCAUACAACAGCAGACUUCCUGAGAUGUUGAGACUCUGCAGAUUCUUGGAUUCCAUCAGCAACUUUCGGAGUGAGUCUGUACCUGGACCUGCUUUCAAGCUCCAGUCUAAGCUCAAUCCCCUCGAUGUCUGCCCUUGUCUGAACCUCACAUUGAGGAAGAGAUCAGAGCCUGGCCCCAGCGUGUCAGCGCAGUCAAUCUCAACAAUGAAAGCUUCAAGUUGGGCUGGAGGAAUGACGAGAGCCGAUUUCUCUCCCAUCGGCGUACCGGCUCUUGUCUUCAAGGAUCCUGGCAAGAAGUAG